CACACACACACACACACACACACUCACACACUCAACACUCGGUCCGGCCGCAGCGCGGCUGCUCCAAUCCCUGGAAAAGGCGAGCGAGCGCCCUCCGGCCCACCGCGCGCUCCCCGCUCCGGCACUGCGCCCGACGCAGCGCUAGUUCCCGUCCCCAGCGCCGCGCUUAAGUCGGGUGUGCCCGAAAGCAAAGAGGGGAGGGAGGGUAGAGACAGAUCCUGAAAACACCCUGGCCACACACGCCGUGACUUUAGCUCUUUCUCCGCGCCGGAGUGGAGUCGGCGCCUGCAGCGCCCUGCGCCUGUGAGGUCCGCACCGCAGCCCGGGAAGAGCCCACCUGCAGGUCCGCGAUCCCCCAGCGCAAAAAGUAGGGCUCGUCACUGUCCUGCUCAGGCAGAGCCCGGACUCCGGGAGCCCUCGCCCCAGCUCAUUUGGAGUCCGACCCUCUCGGCUCGGCCGCCAGCCCCGGGCGCCUUUGUAGUGUCCCCCCGCGACGUAGAGAGCGGACGCGCUGCGGGGACCUCGAUAUGGCCGGGACGCGCGGGCUGCUCUGCCUGUGGCUGGGCUGCUUCUGCGUGAGCCUGGCACAGGAAGAGAGACUGAAGCAGCAGUCCCCGGAGCUCCGCAAGGCUGUGCCAGGCGACCGCACUGCAGGUGGUGGCCCGGGCCCCUUGUUGCAGCCGCACGACAAGGUGUCGGAGCACAUGCUGCGCCUCUAUGACAGGUACAGCGGCAGCGGCAGCGGCAGGGCCGGGGCGGCGAGGACACCAGGGUCUUCCGAGCGGCGCUCCCAGCCCCUGCGCCCCCAGCCCUUACGCGAAGGCAACACGGUUCGGAGCUUUCGAGCCGGAGCAGCAGGAACCCUUGAAAGCAAGGGAUUGCAUAUUUUUAACCUCACGUCUCUAACCAAGUCUGAAAAUAUUUUAUCGGCCACCCUGUAUUUCUAUAUUGGAGAGCUAAUAAACAUCAGCCUGAGCUGUCCAGUGUCAAAAGGAUGUUCACACCGUGCUCAGAGGAAACAUAUUCAGAUUGAUCUGUCCGCAUGGACCCUCAACUCCAGCAGAAACCAAAGCCAACUACUGGGUCAUCUUUCAGGAGAUAUAACCAAGCCUCAUCGAGACUUUGUGUCCUGGCUAUCUAAAGACAUCACGCAACUCUUGAGGAAGGCUAAGGAUAGUGAGGAGUUCCUCAUAGGAUUUAACAUUACCUCCAAAGGACACCAGCUGCCAAACAAGAUGUCAUCCUUUCCUGAACCUUAUAUCUUGGUGUAUGCCAAUGAUGCAGCCAUUUCUGAGCCAGAGAGUGUGGUAUCGAGCUUCCAAGGUCACCGGAAUUUUCCUACUGGAGCUGUGCCCAAACUGGAUAGCCAUAUUAGGGCCACCCUUUCUAUUGAACGGAGGAAGAAGCGUUCUGCUGGGGUCCUGCUGCCUCUGCAGAACAAUGAGCUUCCUGGGGCAGAAUAUCAGUAUAAGGAGGAGGAUGGGGUAUGGGAAGAGAGAAAGCCAUAUAAGACCCUUCAGACUCAGCCCCCUGAGAAGAGUAAGAACAAGAAGAAACAGAGAAAGGGGCCUCACCAGAAGAGCCAGACACUCCAGUUUGAUGAACAGACCCUGAAGAAGGCAAGAAGAAAGCAAUGGAUUGAACCUCGGAAUUGUGCCAGGCGAUAUCUUAAAGUGGACUUUGCGGAUAUUGGCUGGAGUGAAUGGAUUAUCUCCCCCAAGUCCUUUGAUGCCUACUAUUGCUCUGGAGCAUGCCAGUUCCCCAUGCCAAAGUCUUUGAAGCCAUCAAACCACGCCACCAUCCAGAGUAUAGUGAGAGCUGUGGGGGUCGUCCCUGGAAUUCCUGAGCCUUGCUGUGUGCCAGAAAAGAUGUCCUCGCUCAGCAUCUUAUUCUUUGAUGAAAAUAAGAACGUGGUACUUAAAGUCUAUCCUAACAUGACAGUAGAGUCUUGCGCUUGCAGAUAACCAGGCAAAGAACUCAUUUGAAUGCUUAAUUCCAUCAGUUUAUUUUUAUGGACUAUUUUUUUUUGCACUGCCAACGCAUUUCAUUCCAAAAGAAAAAUUUUAAUAGUCAAAAGAGAAUGAGCAAAUUGACCAUUUCCACCAAGGAGAGCUGGGAUGUAUUUGUUUCUGAAUGUAACUAAAAGCAAGAUUUUAGUAAAUAUGGAGACAUCUACUUCUUUUAAUCACACGAGAAACAUAGUAACAAACUGUUUUUAGAACUGGUAGAGAACACAGUGAUUUAUUUUUGUAAUGGGCUUGGAAAAUAGAUUGGAAAACCAUAAUAGCUUAUCAUUUAUCGCUACACAUCGAGAAUAGAAUAAUUUCGUAUUUUGAAGUAGGCUUCUUGCCUUAGAUUCCUGAGCAAUUCAGCAAGUGCUACAUAAUCCGAUCAACUUUGAUGUUUAUCGUAACAAUUUUUGAGACUCUUGUUUACCUGUGUUUUCCUCCACACAGCACUGUGUGAGUAGCUGAGUGGAGACAGCGUGUGCCGAGUGCGUGCGUAUGUGUCCAUGUACCGGUGUGCAUACGGCCAGGUGCCUGCGCCUCUGUAGGAAGGUUUCCUUAACAUGGUUUUAUAAUUAACAUGGUUUUAUAAUUCAGUCUACACAGGAUUCUUUGUUUUUUUUUAAUUUCACGUUCUGGCCAGCACCAUUCAAUUAUGAGAACUUUACCAAAAAGGAUGGAGUGCUCCAAGAGCAUAUGCAGAGAGUUACCACUUGGCCCAGCCGUUUAAUUGGAAAUACAGUUGUUUUCAUUACAUUGCCUCCCAGAAAAGGAAACCAGCAACCCAAUUUUCCAAAACCCAGAUGUAAUUCCUCCUCUAUACCUCUUUUUCACAAGUACUUUCAUUUGUUCUUUUAAAUUGAAUUCAAAAAUCCUUCCUGAAGCCAUUAAAUGUUUAGUUCUCUUGCUAUGCCCCUUUCUGUGAAGUAAUCAAUUGUUACUGAGGCUCAAAAACUGAUCUAUUAGAGAUGUCUUUACAUGACCAAUUUAAUCACAAUCACAUGUUCCAUAUCAUUCUUCAGUCACAUCUAAAAGUCCAGGCACUUUUUCACAUGGAUCAAGGCUUUUGACUCAGCCGUGGAAGCUAUUCUUUGGCAAAAUUCUCUAAAAAUUAUCCACCAAGAAAGGGACUCAAAUAUGGACACUUUUCCCCUCCCCCCCCAUUUCUAUUGGUCAUAAAUAUCGCCUUUUAUACUUUUGCCUUUGAACACUGUCUCAAAAACCUUUCACUCACUAUAUUUACUUGUGUGACAGAAAUUAUUUCAGACCAUGGAUUGCUGAUGCUCUGUCUGUGGUUAAUACUUACCUUAGUUCAGUCUUACCUCAUGUGAGGCAGUGAAGCCGUUUCAGAGGCUGUGACGUAUCAGAAGAAUUUUUUUUUUUUUUUUUUUUUUUUUUUUUAGUUUCUGCCUAUAGCUGUCUGUGGUGGUUCAUCAUUUCAUCAAUAUUUACUGAGCAUCUAUUUUGUAAAAGGCACCGUGUUAACCAGGUGUCUUUAGUAUCUUUGCUGAUAAAAUGAAGAGGCUGUCUAGAUGAGCUGAAAUGCUCUUCCGGCACUGAAAAUUUGGGUUUAUAAUACUGACUAUUUCACACGCAUCUUCCUUGAAUGGGUGAUAGUGAGAUCGAAAAACACUGCACGUGCUUCUGUUCAGAAACCAAAGGCAAAAACUUUCUAUUCUUCAGUGCUUGUGACUAUGUACUUCUCUAAACGGUACUUGUUAUCUUAUUGGAAACCCACUAGAAAAAAGAUCACAAUGAAAAGAAGCUCUUGACACUUUUGGAGUUACAUAAAGAUUGGUGUGCAUGUGUGUUAACUCCGGAAUGAGACACACCAGUUCUAAAUAAUGAAUUAAGUUCUGGUGCUUGAGUUACUAGGUUCCUUAUGUUAAUUAUGUGUUCUGAUAGCAUAAAGUUAAAGAUUCACAAUGAGAUAGGUGAUAAAACUACUGUUUUAAACAAUUUAUCAAAAUUUGAAAGCAAAAUUAUCUAAUAGAAGCAAGCCAGCCAUACAAGCCAGCAUAUGGCCAGCAUAUCCUGGUCAUACGGUUUUUCAAUAAAUAAAACUUCUUUUUCAUUGGUAGAUUCGAUGAAAUUUACUUUUUUCCUAGAGAUAUAUUAACCAAAUCUCUAGCAAUUCUCAGUAUUGCUUCUCAGCCUUCUUUUAUCCAGAUGUCUGUUUGUUACCUUUCUUAAUUAGAAUCAAUGCCUACAUAUUACAAAUUAAAUCCUAAAAUGGCCCCAAAAGUUCUCUAAAUAAUAAAAAUUUUCAAGUACCAACUAAUUAAGAUUUUAUUUUAAGUAGCAAUUUAUAUGACAAAAUUGCAGCACUGUGAAAGAGUUUGGGUAGUCUCUUGGCAGUAGUUUCUGACCAGUAGUUAUUUCUGGGUGGCUUUGUAUUAUCAUUUCACCACUGCAUUGAGGACAUAUUAUGGUAUAAACAGGAAAAGCUUUAUUUCCAAAGAAUAAAGGAAGAUUAUUUUUCAGUCGUGGGGAUUGAAGUGAAUGAGUUAAUAUUUUAGUUAAUAAAAAUUUACUUGAGAGAGUUGGAAAAUUAAGUGACUGAUUCAGAAUUUGUUAGGUACUGGUGUCUGUAUAAUUACUACAUAGACGUUUUAUAAGUCUCCUGAUAUAAAAGUGGCAGUGGUGAAAAGAGAAAUUACAUUUAUAAUGCCAUUUCCUAAGUCAUGCAUCCCCAUCCCUGUUUGUCUGUUUCUCGCCCCCAUUCCCCUCACUCUCCCUUUCUGUCUGUUUCUGUCUGGUCUCUGUCUUUCUCUCCCAAUGCCCACUCCCACCCACACCCCCGCUCCUAGAUGUGAGACACAUGCACACAAACACAGUCACUUAAAAAAGGAAUCUUUUUUUCAAUAUCCUUUUGAAUUCAAAUUAAAGGGCUGCCAAUAUCACUAUAGUAUUUUCAAAGUACUUUAUUGUAACCUGUGUAAAUAAUAUACAAUUUACAGGAUCUGGGGUUAUAGAAUUGAAACUGGAAGCUUGGAUUCCCCAGAUCUCAGGACUACAAUAUUUCAUAUACAUUUUUAAAUUUGCCUAGCUAUAUAUUAACCAAUGAUCAUUUACUCAUUAAAGUAAGAUUUUUACCUUAAUAUUUCUGAAAAAAUCUUGUUGCCCACUUAAUAUUUUUAUAGACAGUCAUGUGUAUAUAAUGCUAUUAUCAGUCUGACAUAAAAAUUUUUGUAUAAUUACAUUAUCCAGUUUAGUCUUUCUGUUUCCACUUUUCUCUGUGCUAACAAGUAACUAAUGUCUGAAUGUUGACUUCUUGUUCAAUCAAAGUUGGUUAAAGAAUAGCUAACCACACCUGAUGUAUAAGAUUAAAUAGGAGAUUAAAUAAGAAAUCUCGGGUAAGUCUGACAUCUCAGUAUAGCUUUGUUUCCCAUAAGAAUUGUAUUUUAAUGUAGUUUAUAAGUGAUUAAAUGAUCCCCUUUUUCUAAAAACCAAGCCUUCUUCCCCUCAGUUUUCCACCUAGUUUCUGUAAAUGUUUUAGUUGAGAAUUCAAUGCUUUGUACAGUCAAUGGCAAUUUAAAAUAUAUAUAUAUAUAUAUUAUAUAUGUAUAUGGAAAAACUUUAAAGAUGCUUUUAAUUUAUUUAAUGACUGUUGCUUUUCUAUAAUGGUAAUAAUUUUCAUCCUUAGAUGGUGAGAAAAACUCUUUUUACUAUAGUUAUUACAUGCAAAAUGAAAUUUGGUUCUUUACUCGAAUCCACUAAAGGGGCACGUUGCAGUGAAACUGUGAAGGACGCUUCACUACUGACGUAUAAGCUUUGCUGAAUUUGUAUCCUUUUCCUCCAGUAAUGGAGAGCAUUUCAUUAUACAGUAUGAAAAUAAAAAAUUGCUUCAUUAAA